AUGAGCUACACCAUGGAGCCCCUGGGCAAUCCCUCGUACCGCCGGGUGACCGAGACCCGGGCCACCUACAGCCGCGCCAGCGCGUCCCCGUCCAGCGGCUUCCGCUCGCAGUCCUGGUCGAGGGGCUCGGGCAGCACCGUGUCCUCCUCCUACAAGCGCCCCAACCUGGGCGGCCCGCGGGCCGCCUACGGCUCCACGGUGCUGAGCUCGGCCGAGAGCCUGGACGUGAGCCAGUCCUCGCUGCUCAACGGCGCGGCCGAGCUCAAGCUGAGCCGCUCCAACGAGAAGGAGCAGCUGCAGGGGCUCAACGACCGCUUCGCCGGCUAUAUCGAGAAGGUGCAUUACCUGGAGCAGCAGAACAAGGAGAUCGAGGCGGAGCUGGCGGCGCUGCGGCAGAAACACGCCGGGCGGGCGCAGCUCAGCGACGCCUACGAGCAGGAGCUGCGGGAGCUGCGCGGGGCGCUGGAGCAGGUGAGCCACGAGAAGGCGCAGAUCCAGCUGGACUCGGAGCACAUCGAGGAGGACAUCCAGCGCCUGCGGGAGCGCUUCGAGGAUGAGGCGCGGCUCCGCGACGAGACGGAGGCGACGAUCCGCGCCCUGCGCAAGGAGAUGGAGGAGGCCUCGCUGAUGCGAGCCGAGCUGGACAAGAAGGUGCAAUCGCUGCAGGACGAGGUGGCCUUCCUGAGGGGCAACCACGAGGAGGAGGUGGCCGAGCUGCUGGCGCAGCUGCAGGCGUCCCACGCCACCGUGGAGAGGAAGGACUACCUGAAGACAGACCUGACGACGGCGCUGAAGGAGAUCCGUGCCCAGCUCGAGUGUCAGUCCGACCACAACAUGCACCAGGCCGAGGAGUGGUUCAAGUGCCGCUACGCCAAGCUCACCGAGGCGGCCGAGCAGAACAAGGAGGCGAUCCGCUCCGCCAAGGAGGAGAUCGCCGAGUACCGCCGCCAGCUCCAGUCCAAGAGCAUCGAGCUCGAGUCGGUGCGCGGCACCAAGGAGUCGCUGGAGAGGCAGCUCAGCGACAUCGAGGAGCGCCACAAUAACGACCUCAGUACCUAUCAGGACACGAUUCACCAGCUGGAAAACGAGCUCAGAGGAACGAAGUGGGAAAUGGCUCGUCACUUGAGGGAGUACCAGGACCUCCUCAAUGUCAAGAUGGCCCUGGACAUCGAAAUUGCUGCAUACAGGAAGCUGCUGGAGGGUGAAGAGACAAGAUUCAGUGCCUUCUCUGGAAGCAUUACUGGUCCCAUAUUCACACACAGACAACCAUCUGUCACAAUAGCAUCCACCAAAAUCCAGAAAACAAAAAUUGAACCACCAAAGCUGAAGGUCCAGCACAAGUUUGUAGAAGAAAUCAUUGAAGAGACGAAGGUGGAGGAUGAGAAGUCUGAAAUGGAAGAUGCCCUGGCAGCCAUUGCAGAAGAAAUGGCAGCCAAGGCACAGCAAGAGGAUCAGGAGGAAGAAAAAGCAGAAGAAGCUGCAGAGGAAGAAGUUUCUGAGAAGGCUCUUGCAGAGCAAGAAGCUGCACCUGAGGAGGAAGAGAAGGAGGAAGAGGAAGCGGAGGAGGAAGAAGAAGCUGCAAAAUCUGAUGCUGCGGAAGAAGGUGGCUCUGAAAAAGAAGAAAUCGAGGAAAAGGAAGAAGGGGAGGAAGCUGAGGAAGAGGAGGAAAAACCUGAACCCAAGGGCAAAGCUGAAGAGGUACCAGCAAAGGCAGAGAAGGUCAAAACACCUCCCAUAAAGUCCCCCCCGAAAUCCCCAGUAACAGAGCCGGCCAAGGCCGCCCUGAAGGAAAAAGCUGUAGAAGCAGCCAAGGAGCCGAAGGUGGAGAAAGCAGAGAAGGUGGCCAAGGAGGAGGAGAAAGCGGCGUCUCCAGAGAAACCUGCCACACCAAAGGUGACCUCCCCGGAGAAGGCUGUGGCCCCGGAGAAGCUGGCACCACCUGAGAAGCUGGCAAGCCCAGAGAAGCCGCGCACUCCUGAGAAGCCCGUGACUCCCGAGAAAUCUGUGGCUCCUGAGAAACGCCGGUCCCCUGAGAAGCCUCCCUCCCCUGGCAAGGGUGCCAAGGCUGUGGUGGAGGAGACCAUCACUGUCACCAAGGUAAUGAAAGUGAGCGCCGAGGCCGAGAAGGAGUCCAGGAAAGAGGACAUUGCGGUCAAUGGGGAGGUGGAGGAGAAGGAGGAGGAAUCUAAAGAGAAGGAGGAGGAGGACAAGGGAGUGGUCACUAACGGCCUUGAUGUGAGCCCCGUGGAUGACAAGGCUGAGAAAAUCGUAGUAACCAAAAAAGUGGAGAAAAUCACAGGGGAGGGUGGGGACAGUGGCACCACGUUCAUCACAAAAUCGGUGACCGUCACUCAGAAGGUGGAGGAGCACGAAGAAAGCUUUGAGGAGAAGCUGGUGUCCACCAAGAAAGUGGAGAAAGUCACUUCACAUGCUGUAGUAAAGGAGAUUAAAGAGAGCGAAUAAAACCAACCAUAGCUAGAAUUCAAGCCA